GUUUGAAUUGUUAUUACUCAUUGUUUUGUUCGGAAAUUUUAUUGGUUUCAUAGUAUAAUUUAAUAUAAACUAAAACUUUAAAGAGUAACAACGUUUCACCUCAAUAUUCCUUUUAAAAUGUCGGACAAAAUGCGUUUUAUACGUACGCCUCGGAUGCACAUAAUAGGUGCGCGUGUUCGCUGCAUUUCCGAUUCGAGAUUCGUUCCUUCUCACGAGCCAGCUGUGGAGGGAGACCUUCGACGGCUGGAGAGAUUUCUUGACGACAAACCAAAAUGUUUGGUUUUAACCGGUGCAGGAAUAUCGACAGAAUCCGGAAUUCCGGACUAUCGCUCGAAAAAAGUUGGACUGUACGCUCGCUCUAAUCACAAACCGAUUCAGCAUGGCGAUUUUAUCAAGUCGGAAGCCGUCCAGAAACGAUACUGGGCUAGAAACUAUGUGGGCUGGCCGCGGUUUUCAGCCGUUGCUCCGAAUGUCACCCAUUAUACAUUAGCACGGUUGGAGCGGGAGAAUCGAAUUUCCGGCGUGGUUACGCAAAACAUGGACAAACUUCACACCAAGGCGGGUACAAAAAACGUAGUGGAGUUACACGGCAGCGGUUAUACCGUUAUUUGUGUAGGUAGAACCGGAACCGGAUGUGAUUAUCGGAUUCCGCGUCACGACUUGCAGCAAAUUUUCGAUCAGAUGAAUCCGCACAUGGAAGAUAAAUCGACCAUGAUACGACCGGAUGGUGACGUAGAAUUACCGCAAGAGUAUGUGGAGAACUUUAAAAUACCAGCCUGUCCGCAGUGCGGUGGAUCGUUGAAGCCAGAAAUUGUCUUUUUCGGCGAUAAUGUCCCAAUGCCACGAAUCGAGAGUGUGAUACGUAUGAUCCUAGACUCGGACGGUGUAUUGGUACUCGGUUCCAGCCUGACGGUGUUUUCUGGCUACCGGAUAAUAUUGCAAGCGAAGGAGCUCGGUAUGCCGGUAGCGAUAGUCAACAUCGGUGAAACCCGCGGUGAUUCGUUGGCUGAUUUGAAAAUUUCCGCUAGAUGCGGAGAGUUGUUGCAAAACCUGUACAAAACGUGAGACUCAAAGCAAGGUAGAAUCGUUUGAUCUGUUAUAUACUGUAUAUAGAAUAAUAUAGCGCUCCAACAAAUUACUAU